GUGUUCCAUCUGCGUUGUGCGUGUGUUCCGCUUGGCAGCAGUCGUGUGAAUGUGUGACUAGUCCAUCGUGGAAACUCACAAAGAUCACACGAGUUGCCACGGUCAAGCCGCCUUCCACAGAAUACAGUCAACCUAUCUUGUCGUGCGCUCCAGCAAUCUCGUCAUUUCUUUCGGAUAUUCUCUCUCCACCCUUCCAACCAAGUACCAUGUCAUCCGCUGCUGCAUCGGGUCGUUCCAGAGAUGUGGCGGGCUGCUUCCUCUUCAAGGAGUACUCCGAAAUCAAGCCAAAGGGAAACUUGCAGGCCAUCGUGUCCUACUUUCAGAGGCCCUGCAACUCACCAGAGUUCAUUGCCUUUUGUACCAACGCUGGAUUUUCCAACUCUUCCUUUCAUGCCAACCCCCAGUUAAAGCCAGGGAAUCCAGCCCACGACAAAUUUCAAAAAGCUAUCAAGGAUCUGGAUCACAAGGCGGUUUUCGGCUUUGCCUUCCAUGGGACGGCUACACACAACCUCGAAUCCAUUCUACGCAACGGAUUGGAUCCUCACAAACGACGUGGACAAGCAUAUGGUCCUGGUGAGUACUUUGGAAAAGAUCCGGGUAUUUCUGUCGGCUACUGCAAAGGAGGAUUGCAAAUGCUCGUUUUUGUCGUUGUCCUGCCUUCUACGCUUCCUCCUUCCUCCGCCAGUACCCACCACACUGUCCCCGAUGACUUUUUGGUGGUCAAUAACAAUGCCCACCAAGUGCCCAUUGGCACCUUAAAGUUUACAUCGGUCAACCAGGAAGUCCUGAAGUUGUCCCAGACGAAACGCAAACAGUUUUUGCAACUGAGCAAGCAAGUCUUUGACAAGAGCCAGAUUGCCGAAGAGGGCAAAAUCAAAGCACGCAUCAUCGAAUACCUCAUCAAAGGCACGUUUGAUCUGGCAUCCGAGCUCUACGAAAAGAAUACAACAGUCUUGAAAGAUACAUCCAAGAGAGAGCUGGCAUGGUAUUGUCAUUCCACCAUGGACAAGGAGAUUAUUUCAUUCUACUUUUCCGAUCUACCGCAUCCAAUGAACUCGCAGGAGCUUGCCAAAGCAAAGAUUCAAAGUGUCGAUGAUGCCAUGGUUGACCUUUGUAAGGCGAUGCAGAAUCUGGAGAAUGAGAGACCAGGGACUUGGAGCUUGGGCUACUAGCUAGCUGGAAGUCAUGUACGACUUGGGAGAUGAUUUGUCGAAUAAUGCAAACUUCAAAAGGUGCAACUCCUUUAGCAUUCAAUCAUCAUUACCAUGAGCAACGAAGAUCUGGGGCGUCCUUAUACCGCAUUAUAUAUUAUGAAUAAACUGAUAGUCGGGAUUGCUGCAUAGAUGUAUCUCGUUUCUGUUUCCAGGUUCCUGCUCUUUUUCGAACUGCCCAUCUUCAAUCAUCCAGUACUUCCGAUCGAAGGAAUCACAUUCAUGAUCC